UUUCUUGGGUUCAUUUCUUCACUCUUGAUUUGUUAGAAAAAUGUGUUCUUUAUCAUGGAAAACCAUGGCUAUUGCUUUAGUGAUAUUGCUGGAGCUGUGUUUUGUCUUGGAGAUUGAAUCUUCUUUAGCUGAUAAAAUCGUUAGGCUUCCGGGACAACCCUCUAAUCUGAGCUUCCAACAGUUCUCUGGGUAUGUUACUGUGGAUUUCAAGAAGCAUAAAGCCCUGUUUUACUACUUUGUUGAAGCCGAAACAGAUCCUGCUUCAAAGCCUUUAGUCCUUUGGUUGAAUGGAGGGCCUGGUUGUUCUUCACUUGGAGUUGGGGCAUUCUCUGAAAAUGGACCUUUUAGACCAAACGGAGAGGUUCUAGUAAGAAAUUAUCACAGCUGGAACAGAGAAGCUAAUAUGUUGUAUUUAGAGACACCAAUUGGAGUAGGGUUCUCUUAUGCCACCAACAGCUCUUCUUAUGUAGCAGUGGAUGAUGAGAUGACUGCCAGGGACAAUCUUGUGUUCUUGCAGAACUGGUACAAGAAAUUUCCAAAUUACAGGCACAGGGCUUUAUAUAUAACAGGGGAAAGCUAUGCAGGUCAUUAUAUUCCUCAACUUGCAAAACUUAUGGUUGAAUUCAACAAGAAGCAGAAUCUGUUCAAUUUAAAAGGAAUUGCUCUUGGUAAUCCGGUUCUGGAAUUCGCAACUGAUUUCAAUUCAAGGGCAGAAUAUUUCUGGUCCCAUGGACUGAUAUCGGACUCGACCUACAAAAUGUUCACCUCAGUCUGCAACUAUUCCCGAUAUGUCAGCGAGUACUAUAGGGACUCGGUUUCACCGUCUUGUUCGGAGGUGAUGAGCCAAGUAAGCCGAGAAACCAGUAAAUUCGUGGACAAAUACGAUGUCACACUUGAUGUCUGCAUAACAUCAGUGCUCUCACAAUCAAUGGCUAUAAAUCCUCAGCAAGUAUCCGAAAGGGUAGACAUAUGCGUCGAAGACAAAAUCGUGAAUUAUCUAAACCGGAAAGAUGUCCGGAAAGCUCUUCAUGCUCGGCUCGUCAGGGUUCGAAGAUGGACCGUCUGCAGCAACAUACUGGAUUAUCAGCUGCUGAACCUGGAAAUCCCUACAUUAUCCACCGUCGGUUCGCUAAUCAAAGCCGGAAUACCGGUCUUAGUUUACAGUGGAGAUCAAGAUUCUGUUAUCCCAUUGACCGGAAGCCGCUCCCUGGUAAGUCGACUGGCUAAGGAGUUAGGACUCGAAACAACCGUGCCUUACAGAGUUUGGUUCGAAGGGAAGCAGGUUGGUGGGUGGACUCAAGUUUAUGGCAACAUCCUGUCAUUUGCAACAAUCAGAGGAGCUUCACAUGAAGCUCCAUUCUCACAGCCUGAGAGAUCACUUAUGUUGUUUAAGUCAUUCCUUGAAGGGAAGCCUCUCCCAGAAGUUUUCUGAAU